AUGAGCCUGCUACUGUGCGGAGUCUCCGAUUGUGCGUGCCAGGCGCAAGGACUGCGCACAGAUGCGUCAGACGGUGAACACACCGACAUGGUGACGUUAGUUCCUGUUACGUCGCACGACGUCACAAGCGCGUCACCAACAUCGGACCACGUGACAAACACAACCACGACAUCGAGUGACGUAACCUGCACGUCUAGCAGCGUAGAGACAACUUCAGAUCACGUGACCAGCGUAGAGACAACUUCAGAUCACGUGACCAGCAAAGAUACAACUUCGGAUCACGUGACCAGUGUAGCUAGAACUUCCGAUCACGUGACCAGCAAAGCUACAACUUCGGAUCACGUGACUACCGUAGCUACAGCCUCGACUCACGUGACCAGCGUAGCCACAGCCUCGACUCACGUGACCACCUCAGCUACAACGUCGACUCACGUGACCAGCAAAUCUACAGCCUCAAGUCACGUGACUGCCGUAGCCACAACGUCUGGUCACGUGACCCCCGCCGCUGCAGUGGUGCAGUCCAGCGUAGUGACCAGCCCUGCCGCUGUAGCUGCGCCCGGAGGGACCCACCAGUUGUACCAGGUGGUGCCGGUAGUGCAGAACGGGGUUCCCUGCCGACUGCUGGUCCCGCUCAACAUGCUGCCGCCAGGCGCCAAGGUCGUCACCAAGACGCGGCCGCAACCAACGGGGAAGGACGGGAAGCCUCCGGGGACAGUCGGCAGCCCGGGAACCGCUGUGGCCAUGAGCAGCGCGUCCGGCCCGACAGGCGCCGUGCAGAAGGUGAUCGCCGUGCCGCCCACCGUCGCCGCUGGGAGUCGCCCCGGUCAGUAA